CUGUGUCCUGGUUUGGCCUCCCUCAGGAUGCUCUUUGGAGGCUGGGAGAGCUGGGAGGGGGUUUGGGAGGUGCUAGCUCUCACUUGGAGGUAGCCAAACCUGAUCUCCCUGGAGACAAAAAAUCUGGGAGGCUGCAGGGUGUGCAGGGCUCAGACCUGCCUGUCCCCGGUGGAGAUGCGAGGUUUUCCUGCUCUGGCAAACAUUUAAGCGACAUUUUGGAUUUUGGCAGUGGAGGGAGAGCUCGGAGGCUCCCGCAGCUGCUGACGGAGCUGUGCUGCCGUGUGCUCACCUCUGCCCUCUCUCUCCCUGUGCCUCAGGUCGGCGGUGAUGCGCCCAUCGCAGCUCCCGGAGCUCCGCGCUCCCGACGCCGCCGCCUCCAGCUAGAUGCACGCCCGGCGAGCUGCCAUGGAAACGGGCAGCCCGGAGGAGCGGGACGGAGCGGAGCGGCGGCGGGAGGCCCCGCAGCAGCCGCCCCCCGGCAAGCUGAGGAAAACGGCCUUCAAACUGUUCGGGGGCAAGCGCAGCAUCUGCACCCUGCCCAGCUUCUUCGGCGGCCGCGGCAAGAAGGGGCUCAGCAAGUGCAAGACGCACGAGGGGCUGAGCAGCGCUGCCUGUGACAGGGGCGGUGGCACGGGGCGGGACAGCCCCUCGGGGGGCAGCAGGGAUGGGCAGCACGCAGCCCUGGCCAGCUCCCGCAGCGCCCAGCUGGCCACCGACAGCGGCACCCGGGGGGAGCUGGGCCAGCAGGACAGCUCUCCCCCCGGCAGUAUGGAGGGCUGGGACAAAAAGCCCAGCGGGGAGAAACCCUCUUUCCCCAGACCCAAGAAAGGGCUGAAAGGGUUUUUUACCAGCAUCCGGCGGCACAGGAAGAGCAAGGCUGCCGAGAGCGAGAAGGCGGAGCUGCCCGAGUGGAGCGGGGACGCGGAGGAGCCUGGGAGCGCCGCCGCGGGGGGAGCGCAGAGCCAAGGAGCUGCGGAGGGCAGGGCAGCAGGGCCCGAGCCCGAGGGCGCAGCCAGCCCAGGGGGCGACUCCAGCUCUGGCCAGGCCACCGAGCCCACGGGCCCUGUGGCCGACGGAGGCGGCUCUGAGGGUGACACCACGGCCGUGCCGGGGAACGGGGACGUGCCAGAUGCCAAAGCAGAGGCCGAGGCUGCUGCCUGCGCCGAGUUUGACCGCCAGAGUUUGCUGCUGGCCUUCCACCCUGACUUCAUGGACAGCGAGCCGCCCUGCCUGCACUCCGGGGAGCUGCUGAGCCUCAUGCUGGGGGACGUCACCUCCCUGAAGAGCUUUGACUCGCUGACGGGGUGCGGUGACGACAUCGCCGAGCCCGACAUCGCCGAGAGCAGCGUGGCGGUGGAGCGCGGCCGCGACGCCGCCAAGCGCAGCUCCUGCCUCGUCACCUACCAGGGCGGGGGGGAGGAGAUGGCCAUCCCCGAGGAGAACGAGGACUACCUGCAGCAGGUGUGGGACAGCGGCGUGCCAGGGGACAGCAGCUACGGCGCCCAGGUGUCCAGCAGCAGCCUGGAGACACACGCCUCGCACGAGGCCGACGCCCACCCCUACAUGGAUGGUGUUGACAUGCUGACGCCCCAGAGUGACCAGCAGGAGUCUGCCCCCAACAGUGACGAGGGGUAUUACGACUCCACCACGCCAGGGCCGGACGAUGAGGCUGGAGAGGAGCUCAAGAAGGACAGACUGCCCCGGGACAGCUACAGCGGCGAUGCACUUUACGAGUUUGACGCCCUGAUGAGCCCCUCUCACGGGGAGGAGUCCCUGUUCGAGGGCAAAGUCCCACACCAGGGCAUCUUCAGCUACUUCAUGGACUUCUGCCUGCCUGCAGAGAAGAGCCUGAUCCAGCAGAUGAUGGAUCAGAAAAGAGGGCUGAUGGAAACUGAAGAAGAAGGGCUUGCAGCCAUUCAGAAAGAGCUGCUGUACUGGGAGCUGCAGAGGGAGCCCGUCCUGAAACGCCUGGAUGUGUCCAGCAAGGAGAAGUGUCCUCGGGAAAAGCAGUGCAUUGAAUGUAAAAGCAGAGCAGCCAGCUCCAUUGGCAAGGGUCAGAGUGGCCUUGGGAGCGAGCAGGUGGCCUCACACACCCCGAGCCGGGCUGUCAAUGGCGGGGUCGCAGUGGCCAGGGCUGAAAAUCCAGAGUGGAGGGAUUUCCCAGGGACCCUGUGUCCGGAAAACUGUUACAACAGCCAGAAAGGCCCCGGGGGUUGCCUUAUUCAGCUGACAAAGAACACGCCGGGGUUGGAUGCAGAGCUGGACUGUGGGAUGUUUGGGGGCCCAGCCCAGGCAGGGAUGUUCCCCGGGUUCAGGCUCCCGGAGCAGGAGCACGGUGCAGCAGAGCCCCAGGCGGGCAGCGAGCCCGAGCACGCCGUCAGCUUCUCGCAGGCUCUGGUGGAGUUCGCCAGCAGCGGGACCCUCUUCUCCAGCCUCUCCGAGAGCCUGGGCAGCUCCGCCUCCAGCUCGUCCUUCACGCAGAACCUCCCCGCCCUCCCCACCAUGGUCACCUUCGACGUGGUGGACGUGGAGCAGGACGGGGAGGGGGAGUGCGAGCAGCGCCCGGAGCUGACGGCGGGCGAGGACAUCGCCGAGCCCUUCGAUGACGGCUACGGACAGAAAGAGUCCUUGGCCGAAUGUGACGAGAGAAUGUCCCCGGGCUUCUCCCCGGGCUUCUCCCCGGGCUCCUUCCAGAGCUGCAACUGGGGUGUGGCCAGCCUGCCCCGCCACCUGCGCCUGCACGGCCUCAGCCCCUCCCUGCCCGCGCCGCUCUCCGUGGACAGGAGGAGCCGCUCGCUGGACACCGAGAGCCUGGAGCUGGAGCUGGCCGAGCCGCAGGCUGCCCGCGGCGGCCCCCAGCCCUGCCGCCUCUGGGCCCGGCGGGAGGCUGCCAGGAAGGACUCUGCCGGAGCCAGGAGGAGCAGGAGCAAGGAGGAGGGCGAGCACCCGCAGCGCGGCACCCACACGGCUCCUGGCGGGGUGGAGCUCUGGGUGGAGAGCGUCUGGGAGCCUGCAGAGCCGGCAGACACAUCCCCUUUCCUGCCUCUGGCCGUCGGGGAGGCUCCGGAGCGGCGGCCCCAAGAGGCAGAGCUGAGCCGGCUCCCGCUGCGCCCCUCCGAGCUCCCCCUGCAGCCCGAGGCGCGGCGGGGCUCCUGCCGCCACCCCGGGGAUGUCCCCAAGCUGUCCCACCCCGGGGAUGUCCCCAAGCUGUCCCGUUUGUUACCGCUGGGAGAAGCGGGGCUGCCCCCCAGCUUUGCUUUCGCCUCGGAGCACCGUGCCAGGGGCAAACCCGUGGGCAUCGCCCAGGGCGUGCCACAGCACCCUGGGGACAGCGUUGGGGACACACAGAGCCACCCGGAGCCCCUCAAGGGCAGGGCCACCCCGGGGCACGGCCGUGGCACCGUGUGCGGUGUCACCGAUGCUGAGUAGUGCAGGAAUGUCACCGUGUCACCGUGUCACCCAGCCCGGGGGCUGCAGGAAUGUCACCGUGUCACCGAGGCUGAGAAUCUACAGGAAUGUCACACGUCACCCAGCCAAGGAGCUGCAGGAAUGUCACCGAGGCUGAGUAUUUACAGGAAUGUCACAUGUCACCCAGCCCAGGGGCUGCAGGAAUGUCACUGAGGCUGAGCAUCUGCAAGAAUGUCAUUGUGUCACCGAGCCAAGGGGAUGCAGGACUGUCACCGUGUCACCAUGCUGAGGCUGCUCUGAGCAGCAGGGGAGGCAAAGGGAGGGACAAAACCAGGAGCAGUUUGGAGGGGACUUGAGUUUGAGCUGAGCUGAUUCUCCUCUCCCUCUCCCUCUCCCUCUCCCUCUCCCUCUCCC